AUGAACGGCGCGGCUCCCGCAGUCGGCAUUGCCCGAGCCAUUAUUGCUGCCCGGUGGCGGACAGCAGCAGCAGCAGCAGCAGUAGUGGGGUCGUCACCAAAUUCUGUUUGGAGGGGAAAUAAUAUCUUGUUGAAUCGUCCACGCCGCCUUUCUCUUUUUCGUCCCUUCCAUCACGUCGCAUCCUCUGACUCCAGCACCGACGCCAUGGGGAAAGACAAGGUCCAGUUCAAGCUCAAGACCCCCAAGGGCACGCGCGACUGGGUCGGCUCCGACACCCUGAUCCGCGAUCGCAUCUUCACCACCAUCACCGACGUGUUUCGGCGUCACGGCGGCACUGCGCUGGACACCCCCGUCUUUGAGCUGCGCGACAUCCUGGCUGGCAAGUAUGGCGAGGACUCCAAACUCAUCUACGACCUGCAGGACCAGGGCGGCGAGAUUUGCUCGCUGCGAUACGAUCUCACAGUGCCCUUUGCCCGAUGGCUCGCCAUGAACACAGACGUGCGCAGCAUUAAACGAUAUCACAUCGCCAAGGUCUACCGUCGUGACCAGCCCGCCAUCGCCAAGGGUCGUAUGCGCGAGUUCUACCAGUGCGAUUUUGAUAUUGCUGGCGCCAAUUUCGAUCCCAUGGUGGCCGAUGCAGAGGUGCUCAAGAUCAUCAACGAGGUGUUUUCGGAGCUGGGAUGGAAUGGCCUGUAUACGAUCAAGAUCAACCACCGAAAAGUUCUGGAUGGACUGUUUCAGGUGUGCGGUGUCCCCGAUGACAAGAUCCGCCCUAUUUCAAGUGCCGUCGACAAGCUGGACAAGAUGCCCUGGGCCGAGGUUCGCAAGGAAAUGGUUCAAGAAAAGGGCCUUGACCCGGAGGUAGCAGACAAGAUCGAGACAUAUGUCGGCAAAAAGGGAAGGAAAGAUCUAGUGGAAGAACUGCUGAAAGACGAGGCUCUGAUGGCAAACGCAUCCGCCAAGCAGGGAGUCGAGGAAAUGGGAUUGUUAAUGGACUAUCUCGAGGCCUUUGGAGCCCUGGAAAGCAUUUCAUUUGACUUGAGUCUUGCUCGCGGCCUGGACUACUACACAGGCGUCAUCUACGAAGUCGUCACCGAAGGCUCCGCGCCAGCAGCCACACCCACCGCUGCCCCCGAGGCCCAGACUCUGCAAAAAUCAGGCAAAAAGACCAAAGCCGUGACAGGCGACGAUGACGAUCGAUCCAACGACCCGACCGUUGGCGUGGGCAGUAUCGCCGCCGGCGGCCGAUACGACAACCUGGUGGGCAUGUUCCAGCCCAAGGCCCAGAUCCCCUGUGUCGGCAUCUCGUUUGGCGUCGACCGUAUCUUCUCAAUUACCAAGGCACGAAUGGAACGUGAGGAGAAUGGCACGAUGCGCAGCAGCGAGGUCGAUGUCUUUGUCAUGGCCUUUGGCGGCAAGGGCUUCACUGGCAUGCUCAAGGAGCGUAUGGACAUUUGCAAGACUCUGUGGGAGGCUGGCAUAAAGGCCGAAUUCGCAUACAAAGUCAAACCCAAACUCCCGCAACAAUUCAAAGCUGCCGAGGUCGCAGGCAUCCCCUUUGCCGUCAUUCUCGGUGAGGAAGAGCUCGCGGCCGGACAGGUCAAGAUCAAGGAAAUGGGUCUGCCCGAGGGCCAUCCAGAAAAAGAAGGUGUUUUGGUAGAGAUAUCGAAACUGGUGGAUGAGAUCAACACGCGGAUAGCGAGGUCUGCUACGCCCGUGGAAGUGCCAAUACGAUAG